UGAGAAGAGACCUAGAGCUACUUCAACAAAACUUUCUUGAGUCCUCCCUGCCUGCUUUCUCUAUCUCCCUUUCUCUCUCUCACCCUCCAACUCUGAUGAGAUUCACAUGGUACUUUGCCCAGAAGAAGGUGGCCAAGAAGAGGGUACGCACCCCCACCCCAAAAUAAGUCUGUUUUCCUUCCUCCACCCCCUCCCUUUUUUAACUUUUUCGGUUGGAAAGACAAAAUGUGCAGGGUGAUAGAUUGGGUGAAUUGAUGGCAUCCCUUUCUCUGCCAAGUCAGUCCGCUCUCUAAAAAUCCCUUUUGGGAAGACUGGAGGAUUUCACUUUGUUGGAGAAUAUAACUGGUGUGGCUUGAAAAAGGGGGAAAGCAGAGAGGAAUACGGGACUCGUACAGUGCUAUCUCUAUUGUUUGAAAUUUACUUUAUAUCAGAAAUUGAAGAUGAAAACGGUAAAGAAAUGGACAAAGUUUAAUAACUAUCAAGUCUGACACCUUAUUGAUAUCUAAAGGAAUUUUACAACAUACUCGUUUUUGAACUGAGAAAAUGACUGCAGAUAUAGAAGAAAGCACAGGUUGUUGGAAAAGAGUACCUGUCAAAAAGUGGAACAUCCAAUAAUUAUUUUGGAAGAAAUAUAAAAUAAAUAUCCCUGUUAUGGUGCGAUUCUGGAGUGGAGUUAACUCUAUAGCACAUAGGUAGCCCUCCAAAAAACCCCAAACCCUUUCUGUUUUUCUAAAUUAUGGAAAUUUUGUGGAAGACGUUGACCUGGAUUUUGAGCCUAGUCAUGGCUUCAUCGGAAUUUCACAGUGACAACAGGCUUUCAUAUAAUUCUCAAGAGGAAUUCCUGUCUGACCUUGAACAUUACCAACUAACAGUCCCAAUAAGGGUUGAUCAAAAUGGAGCCUUCCUCAGCUUUACUGUGAAAGAUGAUGAACCCUCAAGCAGAAGGAAGAGGAGUACAGACCUUUAUGACCAAGCAUCUAAAUUAUUUUUUAAACUUUCUGCCUAUGGCAAGCACUUUCAUUUAAACCUGAUUCUCAACACAGAUUUGGUGUCCAAACAUUUUACAGUAGAAUACUGGGGGAAAGAUGGACCUAAACGGAAACAUGAUUUGUUAGACCACUGUCAUUACACAGGAUAUUUGCAAGACCAACAUAGCACAACUAAAGUGGCUUUAAGCAACUGCAAUGGUCUGCAUGGCGUUAUUGCUACAGAAGAUGAAGAGUAUUUCAUUGAGCCUUUAAGGAAUAUAACUGAAAAUUCCAAUCAUUUUAGUUAUGAAAGUGGUCGUCCCCAUGUUAUUUACAAGAAGUCUGCCAUGCACCAACGACAUCUCUAUGAUCAUGCUCAUUGUGGCGUCUCAGAAGACCUCACAAGAAGUAAUAAACCUUGGUGGAUGAAUGAUGCAUCUGCUUUUCCAACUUCACUUCCAAUUAAUAACACUCUAAGUAGUCAUCGUCGACAGAAGAGAUCAGUAAGCAUUGAACGCUUUGUGGAGACGCUGGUAGUAGCAGACAAAAUGAUGGUGGGAUACCAUGGUCGCAAAGACAUUGAACAUUACAUUUUGAGUGUAAUGAAUAUUGUUGCCAAACUUUAUCGUGAUUCCAGUCUAGGAAACGUUGUGAAUAUUAUAGUGACUCGUUUAAUUGUUCUCACUGAAGAUCAGCCAAACUUGGAGAUAAACCACCAUGCAGACAAGUCCCUCGAUAGCUUCUGUAAGUGGCAGAAAUCCAUUCUCUCCCACCAAAGCGAUGGAAACACCAUUCCAGAAAAUGGGAUUGCCCACCACGAUAAUGCGGUUCUUAUUACUAGAUACGAUAUCUGCACUUAUAAAAACAAGCCCUGUGGAACACUGGGCUUGGCCUCUGUGGCUGGAAUGUGUGAGCCUGAAAGGAGCUGCAGCAUUAAUGAAGACAUUGGCCUAGGUUCAGCUUUUACCAUUGCACAUGAGAUUGGUCACAAUUUUGGUAUGAACCAUGAUGGAAUUGGAAAUUCUUGUGGGACCAAAGGUCAUGAAGCAGCAAAACUUAUGGCAGCUCACAUUACAGCAAACACCAACCCCUUCUCCUGGUCAGCCUGUAGCCGGGAUUACAUCACCAGCUUUUUAGAUUCAGGCCGUGGUACUUGCCUUGAUAAUGAGCCUCCCAAGCGUGACUUUCUUUAUCCUGCUGUGGCCCCAGGUCAGGUGUAUGAUGCUGAUGAACAGUGUCGCUUCCAGUAUGGAGCAACAUCCCGCCAAUGUAAAUAUGGGGAAGUGUGUAGAGAGCUCUGGUGCCUCAGCAAAAGUAACCGCUGUGUUACUAACAGCAUUCCAGCAGCUGAGGGUACUCUUUGCCAGACAGGGAGCAUUGAGAAAGGGUGGUGUUUUCAGGGAGAGUGCGUACCUUUUGGCACUUGGCCCCAGAGCAUAGAUGGGGGUUGGGGUCCGUGGUCAAUAUGGGGAGAGUGCAGCAGGACCUGCGGGGGAGGAGUCUCCUCAUCCAUAAGACACUGUGACAGUCCAGCACCUUCUGGUGGAGGAAAAUACUGUCUUGGAGAAAGGAAACGAUAUCGAUCCUGUAACACGGAUCCAUGUCCUUCAGGGUCCCGUGAUUUUCGAGAAAAACAGUGUGCAGACUUCGACAAUAUGCCCUUCCGGGGAAAGUAUUAUAACUGGAAACCCUACACUGGAGGAGGGGUUAAACCAUGUGCAUUAAACUGCUUGGCUGAAGGUUACAAUUUUUACACUGAACGUGCCCCUGCAGUAAUAGAUGGAACUCAGUGCAAUGCUGAUUCGCUGGAUAUCUGUAUCAAUGGAGAAUGCAAGCAUGUGGGUUGUGAUAAUAUUUUGGGAUCUGAUGCUAAGGAAGACAGAUGCCGUGUGUGUGGAGGAGAUGGUAGCACAUGUGAAGCCAUUGAAGGUUUCUUCAAUGAUUCAUUGCCCAGAGGAGGCUACAUGGAAGUGAUUCAAAUUCCAAGAGGUUCUGUUCACAUUGAAGUAAAAGAAGUGGCUAUGUCAAAGAACUACAUUGCUUUAAAAUCUGAAGAGGAUGACUACUAUAUUAAUGGUGCCUGGACUAUUGACUGGCCUAGAAAGUUUGAUGUCUCUGGGACAGCUUUUCAUUACAAGAGGCCAACAGAGGAACCUGAAUCUUUGGAAGCUUUAGGCCCUACUUCAGAAAAUCUCAUAGUCAUGAUUCUGCUACAGGAACAGAAUUUGGGUAUAAGGUAUAAAUUCAAUGUUCCCAUCUCUCGUACUGGCAGUGGAGACAAUGAAGUUGGUUUUGCAUGGAAUCACCUGCCUUGGUCAGAAUGUUCUGCCACUUGUGCUGGAGGAAUACAGAAACAAGAGGUGGUGUGUAAAAGGUUGGAUGAUAACUCCAUUGUACAGAACAACUACUGUGAUCCAGACAGUAAACCACCAGAAAACCAAAGAGCCUGCAACACUGAGCCUUGCCCACCCGAGUGGUUUAUAGGAGAUUGGUCAGAAUGCAGUAAGACCUGUGAUGGAGGAAUACGUACACGAACAGUUCUCUGUAUCAGAAAGAUUGGACCAUCUGAGGAGGAGACACUGGACAAUAUUAACUGUUUAACACACCGGCCUAUUGAAAAAGAACCCUGUAACAAUCAGUCUUGUCCACCACAGUGGGUUGCCUUGGACUGGUCAGAAUGCACUCCAAAAUGUGGUCCAGGAUUCAAACAUCGGAUUGUUCUGUGCAAAAGCAGUGACCUUUCAAAAACAUUUCCAGCUGCACAAUGCCAAGAGGAAAGCAAGCCUCCAGUCCGCAUCCGCUGUAGCUUAGGCCGAUGCCCCCCUCCUCGCUGGGUUACUGGAGACUGGGGACAGUGUUCUGCACAAUGUGGUCUGGGACAACAGAUGCGAACAGUGCAGUGUCUCUCAUAUACUGGACAAGCAUCCAGUGAGUGUCUAGAAACUGUUCGACCUCCAUCAAUGCAACAGUGUGAAAGCAAAUGUGACAGUACUCCCAUUUCCAACACGGAAGAGUGCAAAGAUGUGAACAAAGUGGCUUAUUGCCCACUGGUGCUGAAGUUCAAGUUCUGCAGCCGAGCAUACUUCAGACAGAUGUGCUGUAAGACCUGCCAAGGACACUGACCCACAGAAAGCAAGAGAGAGUGCCUUGUUAUAUCAUUGUGGAAAUGUGUCCAUCGAAGAGAGCCACACAGCGGAAUGGGAUUGAGGUCCUUGCAAAUACAUUACCCUGUGGAAAACGUAACCACUGGUCAGCCCCAGCUGACAGGAUUUCAAUAUUAUUUUAACUUCUGUGAAGUGGGAUUUAUUCAUCCAAAGUGCUGGACACAGUAUAAGGAGGGCAUGCCAAAUUGGAAAGAUCCACACAACACAUAUAGAAUAGCUUACUGUGGAACAUUUGUGUUCUUUUGACUAAAUCCAAUAGUCUGUUUACCUCCUUGGACCAUUAAAGUAAUUUUUAUUAUGGACUUAGCAAUGACACUGAAUCCAUUUAUAUUUAAAACUGUUUAAAAUGUAGCUGUUAUGACUUGGUCUACUAUGGAAGUAAAGAAGAAUCAAACAAUCUUAAGUCAUAGCUUAAAAUGUUAACUAUUUUAUCUCAUUACACAGCAUCACAAUUUAAAUUAUAAAAUGGCUUGGAAAUGUUAUUUAAGGAGCAAUUAUAAAUCUGAAGUAAAGAAAAUUAUAUUUUUUCCUUCAUUCCACCUAAUUCCCUUAGGAGUAAUUCAUAUUUGCUGAACACUGCUGUGAGCCAUAUAUUAAGUUAAACUAAACAAAACAACCAUGAGGAACUUAGUUUUAAGAGGUGCAACAGUUAUUGCAGGUGUGCAUGAAAUACAAGUGUGCUGAUAAAUCUGUGCUACAGAUAUAUAGCCAUUUUGCCAUUGUACAAGUGAAUCUGAGAUGUCCACUAAAAGGGAAAAACAUUUCAAUACCAUGGAGAAGCCAGAUUUCAAUAGUGGUGAAGACCAUAGUGCUGCAUACUUCACUACUAGUGUAUAGGCUUACAUUUUAUGACUCCAAUUCACUAUUGUUUACAUCACUAGCCACAGAGAGGCAUCUAGUCGUGUUUUACAUGUUACUCCCUACUCACGAUCACCAAGAAGUUCUAGUGCAAAAGAUAAAUGUACUGUGUAAUAGUAAGGCAGUCUCUCUGCAAACUUUGCUGACAAUUACAGUGGGUUCCAGAUGUUCCCUUCUUUGAUACAAUAGAAGGGCAUUUAUUUAUGAGAGUGUGUUUUAAUGCACAGAUUUGGAGACCGUAACAGAGUGGGCAAGGAUUACAACCAAAGAAUAAAAGAGUUAUGGGGACUUUCUGGUCAUAUUAUCAUAAUCUUAAUACUCACUGAAUACUUUUUUAGUUAAUACUCUGAGUUGCAUUUAAAUGUGAAACCAAACUACUUGGACAAGUCAGAUCCAGAAUUUAGAAUAGUCCUCUUCCCCUUCCCCUCUUGAUACAAGGUUCAACAAGGAGAUAAGGAAAGUGGGUACUUGUUUAUAUUAAUAUAUUGUACUUGAACAUUUGCAGUUUGCAGCAGGUACUUGAUGAAUGUGCUUUUGUGACCAACUAUGUCUCCUUUGUUGUAGUGCAAUUAAAAUUAUGUGAACAACACAUUGUGUUAACACUAAAAAUCAAAUGGCACUUUUAAAAAAAAAAGUACUCUUUCAAUGAAACAAGUAAGUUCAAUAAAUCACAUGAAAUCUAAAUGUCAGUGUAUUUAACAAAUAAUAAUAAGCCAAAUGUGUUGCACACUAUUUACUAAUGUGAAUUAACAAGGAAAAAUAGAUAUUCUUAACAGGAUUCUUGUACUAUGAAACAUGUUGACAAUCUAUAUGUGGCAUUUUAUGUAGCCCACUUAUUCAGAACCAUCAAACUCCUGUCAUCUGCUACCUCUUGACAGUGUUUUUCACUUCCUUACACAUGUGACCAGUGCAAUUCAUUUCCAGUAAGCAUGACUUUACUCACAUACGGCCAUCUGCUGCUCUCAGUCCCCGUGUUCACAACUCCUAUUGUCACUGAUUCUCAAUAAAUAAAUAAAAAAAAUAAAAACUGGGAGUUGCAUAUAUGGAUCAAGGACAGGGUAUAGCCCUUAGUUAAUGAGUGAAUGACCUUUCUACAUCUAUUGAGAGAAUAACUUGGUGCUAGCAUGCGUUGACUAAGUCAAAAAUAUGAUAAAAGGGAAAGGUGUUGCUGUGGCAUUCUCUAAGCAAGCAGCUUCUUUGUAUCAGGAUCUGGUUUUCUCCAGGGCAUAAUUGUGUUUAUUAGCUAAUGUGUCUGUUCGACUAACAAGAAAGUUUUUUUUUUUUUUUUAAGUAUUCAAAAUGAACUUUUUUUUUUUUUACCUCACUUAGGACAUUAAAGUUGCAAGGAGUGUUUCCACAGACACAUUUUGCUCUCUCACUGGUGCUAGAGGACUAGGGAGUCCAAUGUUUACUCUGCAACUUAAAACAGCACUGAGGUUGGAAAUUUAAGGAACUCCCUGGAGCAACAUUGAUUUGCAUUGUUAAAGGGAACAAAACCCAGAAUGUAUUUGAAUUUACAAACUAAACCACACUUCUGACUAAGACCUGAAAAUAAAACCUAAUUGAAAGGAAAAAAAAUCAUUGGUUUCCCCAGCACAGUUCAUUGCUGCUGCUACACUGUAGCCACCUAUGUAAGCUAAGCUAAAUAAUGUUAUAUUCUUAAGUAGUGACAAUAGGACUAUUUGUUUAGGCUGUAUAAAUAUUACAGGCCUAGAAUUAAAUAGUAGAGUACUAAAUACACAGAGCAAUCUGGUGCAGUACUUCCAUUCAGCAAUAUCACCAACUGAAGCAGAUCAAACUAAAAGGAAAAAAAUUCUAUAAAUAAAACCCUUCAAAGUGUAUACACCCAGAAAUAAUCCAUUUCAUUAGGAACUUUGUUAAUGGAGUGAAUGUCACAUAGAUAUCCUUAAUAAUACAGACUGAAGAUAUCUUUGUAUUAUUGUGAUUAGUUGCUUAUUAUUUUAUACUCAGUAUUAAUGUGGUACACUGUUACUUUAUUAUUAUUUUUUGCUUUUGUAAAUUAUAUUCUAAUUUAUUGUCAUAUUUCCUAACACAUGUUCUACAUGCAUUCUCCUGCUUGUAAUGAAAACAAAAGUAUUGUAACACUUGAUGCAGUGAAAUUCCACACCAGGCACAGAUUUGUUUUUAACAUAGUUAAUUUAGUAAAAUAAAA